CUGGAGCCGGAAGGGGAACCGGAACUGGCGGGGCGCGGCGCGUGCCGGUGUCCUGGCACGGGCGGCAGCGGUGGCGCCGGAACAAUGCUUUCCGAAAGCAGUUCAUUCAUGAAGGGCGUGCUGCUGGGAGGAAUCUUCUGCGUAGUGGUCACGCUUCUUGGACACGUUAAGAUCGGCCAUGGAACCAGAGCACGUCAUCACGAGCACCAUCACAUUCAGGCUCCCAAUAAAGAAGAAGUGUUAAAUCUUUCAGAAGAUGAACGACUGGAGCUCAGCCAGAGCAUCCGCGUUUACUGCAUCGUCCUCGUGAAACCCAAAGACAUCGGGCACUGGGCUGCAGUGAGAGAGACGUGGAGCAAGCACUGCGACAAGGCAGAGUUCUACAGCUCUGAGAAUGUUAAAGUGUUCAAUGCUGUAGUCCUCAACACAAAUGAUAUGUGGACAAUGAUGAGAAAAGCUUACAAGAUAACCUAUGAGCGUUAUAAAGAUGAAUUCAAUUGGUUCUUCCUCGCCUAUCCAACAACAUUUGCUAUUAUUGAAAAUCUCAAGUAUUUCUUACUGAAGAAAGACCCUGCACAGCCUUUUUAUAUAGGCCACACUAUGAAAUCUGGUGACCUGGAAUACGUAGAUGGUGAGGGAGGAAUUGUCUUAAGCAUUGAAUCACUAAGACGACUCUCACGCGUUUUUGAAGACUCUGACAAAUGUCCAGAGCAAGGCGGAAUGAUUUGGAAGCUUUCUGAGGAUAAACAACUAGCAGUAUGCCUGAAGUAUACCGGAGUGAUUGCUGAAAAUGCAGAGGACUCUGAAGGAAAGGAUGUUUUUAACACCAAAUCAGUCAACGCUCUCAUUAAAGAGGCAAUGGCUAGUCGGCCUGAGCAGGUGGUGGACGGCUGCUGCUCAGAUAUGGCCAUCACUUUCAAUGGGCUGUCUCCCAACCACAUGCAUGUGAUGAUGUACGGCGUUUACAGGCUACGGCCCUACGGCCACACUUACAGCGAUGCGCUCGUCUUCUUACCCCCUGCAGGCUCAGACAAUGACUGACUUCCUUCAGAGAGGAGAUGGGACCAAGGAGGCAGCUGUUCUCAUGGCACGCAUUUGUACAGACACUCAGUUUUCUUAUCCGAUCGUACUUGCGUACAUUUUUUGCACAAAGAUUUGGUAAAGCUCUUGAUUUUAAAAGAGAAAGUUUUCCUUUCACAGUCUUUUAUACAGGAACGAUUCUGGCUUUUUGACAAUGCUGGAAUGAACAAUAAAGGAAUUGUUUGGGAUAAAAGGAAAUUAAGUUUAUGGGGGGGAGGGGAGGGCAUUGUAUAUCUUAGUAUUUAUUAAUGAAAAGUCAAAAGAACUUUAGUCUGCUAUAAAUAUAUUUUUGCAAGAUUUUGAUUCUCUCAAUUCUUCCAGACACUUCCGGAAUGUCUUUAUAUCUUUUUAAGAUGUACCAAUAAAACUGACUACAGAUUCAGUCUGAAAGACCAACUUUUAUGUGAUUUCCUUUAUGCUGAAGCACAGAGCAGCUUGAAUUAUACUGGUUAGGCAGCCCAUAGGUGCACCUGUUGCUUUAUGUACAAUCUCCUAACUCAGAAACAAGCUAGCAGGAAGCAACUGACAGAAGAAAUCUAUUAAGUUAAUGCAGAAUAGUAUUAAGCAACCUUUAGACUGCCUUUCUUAAUCUCACAAAAGAACAAGAUAGCUACAUUUGAAUAUUAGCAUUACAUAAAUAUUAACAGGAUCAAGUAGCCUGUUAGCACAGAAGUAAUUGUUCAUUUAAAGUUGUUAAAUAAGAAUAUUAGAAUAAAAGUCCUAUUUGUUUUCAGUGUCAGAGGUGCUAAUAGUGUUUACACAGAAAAAGUUGGUUAGCUAUGUAUACAAGCAUGAAGUACAGCUCUAUUUACAGACAUUUCUGAACAGUAAGCUGCAGAUAGAUCAACACUCAGCCUUUCUUUGUUCACAAUGCCAAACACAUUAAGUGCACAAAAAAAAGAAAAUGUACAGAACUCUCAAACACUUUUUUAUGUGCACUUGAAAUCUCAAGCUUUACAUGUCACCUUAUCACGUUCUUUUUUUCCACCAGUUACAAUUAAGUGGCAAUAAGCAGCACUUUGGUGUGUUUCCUCCAUUUACAAUCCACUUACCUGACCCAGACAUUACAAAGGCUUAAAGUGGUACCACCUUGAGCUCCACUGGUACUACAUUACUACAGAAGAGCUUAGAGGAUAUAAGGUUAGUCUGUUGAAGAAAGCUGUGCUAUCUGUAAUACUUGAUCGUAGCUUUAGCUGCAGUGGGGAAGGAAAGGUUAUGAAAGAGCUAAUCCAGAGCUGAUUAGUAGCAACUGUAUUUUGUUCUGAGCAACAUUUUUUAUUAAGAAUGGCACCAAGGCAGCUACCACAGCUGUUUCAGAGGAGACUUAGGGACAAGAUGGAAGAAAAAGCAAGCCACAGGACUGACUAGCUCAUUUUAUACACAAAGGAACCACUGAAGCACAAACUGAUUCCCCACAGCACUAACAAAUUAGUGAAGUUGUGGCAGAGCCUUUAAGAUGUGUAAUUAUAUCCACUAUUACUCUGAAAAGGUUUGAGGUGACUCAACUUCUGUCUGCAAUAUAGUGGUGUAGGAUACAAAAAUUAUGGUAGUAUUACAUGUAUACUUUCAGAUAUACCUUAUCAUUUUCAAAAGCAGUCUUGUAAAUAAUUUUACAAAAGUAAUUUAAGAGUAGCACAUGUUAAUACUUUACUCUCUUGUGUUGUAAUUUGAUUUCAGAAUUAGAUUGAGAACACCUCUGCCACUAUCUGCUGUAAAGGUCACAGAAAUGAAACGUGCAGAGCACUGCACACAAAAACCAAGCCCUACCAUUAGUAAAAUAUGAGUGUUAGAAAAGAGACUUAAAAUAUUAAUAAAUACUUCCAGAGACAGAGUUAUGAACAGUAGACCUUAAUGUUUUCUUAGUUUAUUAAAUAAUUCCAUGGCACAGUGUGUUUUUCCAUAGACACAGCUUUGGGUAUGCAGUCACUGAACAAAGUGGUGGAUUACUCAGACAAACAGUGCUCUCUAACCACCUGUGCAGGUGUACCUGUGUAGCAGUGUCCAGAAGCUCCCUUUGAUCCCUUUUGAAGCUCCACUAGGCUCUAGAGCUACGUUUUCUACCGUGCCUUUGUUGAACAGUGAUUUUGUUUCUGUUCCUAAAGUAAGGUGCAAACAGGGAGUAGUGCAUCAGGCACCAACUGGCACGUACUCCAUUUGGAGUAUGACCACCACUGCUGUAAAUGCCACUGUAAGGAGAGUGAUAUCAGUGUUGGUAGCUUGAAAUUUGAGCUUAUAUAUAUUCUUAAGUUAUGAUCUAGGAUAGAAGAAUUUAUAGUCCACAUAUGACUUUAUGUUCUGAAAUCCUAUAGAUAAGCGCUUCUUCAAAAGAAGUGUUCCUGAAGUAAAAUACUAAAGUUAAUGCUGUUAAUAAAUUAAGUUUAAAAAAAAAAAAAACACACACAUUUCUCCACAUUCAGUAAACAGAUAGGCUAGUGAGAUGGUAAAUGGUAAAUCAGAAGCAAGAAAUUCUGAAGUGUUUUGGAGGUUUUAGAAAGUGUACUAAUUAUAUUUCACAUACAUUUUACAUUACUGCUUUAGAGGAGCAUUAAAAUGUAAACAUUCCUUGGCUUUUUCCUCCUUUUCGUUUGAAAUUCUACUCACAGUCCAUGCAGG